AUGGAGCCUCCUUCUAAGAAGAUGCGGAAGCUCAUGGAUCAUGACAGCGACAGUGACUCUGGCGAUGAGGCUGGCGGGGUUCUCCUCGGCAAGCAGUCGCCAGACACUGGAUUCAAGAUCAACGAGGACUACGCUCGUCGAUUCGAACACAACAAGAAAAGAGAGGAAGUUGCGAGACUGGAAUCCAAGUACGGCAAGACGUCCAGUCUCGGAAAGCGCCCAGGCGAUGAAGAGUCCGACGAUUCCACUUCCGAAGAAGAGGAUGACGAUGCGGAGCUGGCCACAGAGGCCCUGGAUGCUGAGAUCUCAGCGACUCUUAACGCUAUUCGCUCCAAGGACCCCCGUGUCUAUGAUAAGGAUGUCACCUUCUACACCAAGUUCGACCCCGAGGAAGUCAAUGCCGCAAAGGGACCUAAGGAGAAGUCCAUGAACCUACGCCAAUACCAUACCGAGAACCUCCUGAAGGGUGUCAACCCUGCUGAGGAGGAAAACACUCCUAGGACCUAUGCGCAAGAGCAGGCCGACUUGAAGAAUGACCUUGUCAAGGAGAUGCACGGAGCGGCAGAGUCGGAUGAAGAGAUGGAAGAUGCCGAUGAGUUUUUGGUUCGGAAGCCCGGUCAGGACACAUCAUUGCCCAAGCCUGAGAUCAAGCUCGACAUCGAGAACGCAGACAAGGACCCCGAGACUUUCCUGUCCAACUUCUUGUCUGCGCGAGCCUGGAUUCCUGCCGACAAGCCAGAGCUACACCCCUUCGAUUCCGAUGAUGAUGACGAUGUCGAGCGGGCAGACGCCUUGGAGGAAGCAUACAACUUCCGUUUCGAAGACCCCAACAAGAUGAACGAGGCUCUUGUUACUCACUCUCGUGAUCUCACCAACAAGCAAUCUGUCCGUCGAGAGGAGAAGAGCUCUCGCAAGAAGAUUCGUGAUGCCGAGCGCCAGCAAAAGGAAGACGAGAAGAAGCUUCGCGAGACCGAGAAGAACCGUCUUCGCAAGUUGAAGACUGAGGAGCUCCAGAAGAAGGUCGACCAGAUCAAGGAGGUUGCCGGUCUUCGUGCCUCAAAUUUCACUGAUGAUGACUGGUCUCGAUUCUUGGACGACGCUUGGGACGAUUCCAACUGGGAGCAGGAGAUGCAAAAACGAUUCGGCGAGGAGUAUUACCAUGAGGGAGAGGGCAGUGACAAUGAAAAUGGCAAGAAGCACAAACCCAAGAAGCCUACAUGGGAUGACGACAUCGACAUCAACGAUCUCAUCCCAGACUACGAAGACGGCGAGGCGCUGCCCACUGUCGAGUCCGACGCGGAGGAACAAGAUGACGACGAAGCCACCGGCUCUAAGAAGAGCAAGGCCGAAGCCAAGCGUGAGCAGAAGCGCGAAGCCCGCAAGGACCGUCUUCGCAUUGAGGAGGCCGUCGACCGCAACCUUGAUCUCGAUAUUACUCUGCUCCCCGGAGCCACCAAGAAGAACGCCACCAAGUUCCGUUACCGCGAGACCUCGCCGCAGAGCUUUGGCUUGACUGCCCGGGACAUUCUCAUGGCGGAUGACACACAGCUCAACAAGUUCGCAGGUCUGAAGAAGCUGGCCUCCUUCCGCGAAGAGGAGCAGAAGCGCCGUGACCAGAAGAAGCUGGGCAAGAAGGCCCGUCUUCGCGAGUGGCGCAAGGACACCUUUGGCAACGAGGAUGGACCGGAGUUCUCAUUCGGUGGGGAUGCUAAGCCUAGUCAGUCUGAGGAGACUGGUGAGGCUAAGGUUGAUAUUAGAGAGGGUGAUGGCACGAGGAAGAAGAGAAAGAGGUCGAAGAAGCACUAA